AUGAGGGCUAAUGCUGAUGGCUAUUUUGCUCGUAUUAUUGAGGAGGCGAAGGAAGUUAUGGAAGAGUUAGACGAGCAAACAAAGACUAUACAAAAGACGUCGCAGAAACCGAGAGCGAAAGCCAGGCAGACGGUGCAGGGGUGUGACGAGCCGGGGGUGCCGCCCCCAACCCCUCAGCCACCCCCGUCCCGCAGCCACCCAGUCGCGAUGUUUAUUCUGCAAUCGUCCAGACUGGUACCAGAUGAGGAGGUUGAGCAGACUGAAGCUGUGGACCUGAGCACCUUGCUGGACGCUGGAGACGGCGCUGUGUUGACGUUGGUGGCGGGCGACACACGUCUGGUGGCCCACAAGGCCGUCCUGGCAGCCAGGAGUCCUGUAUUCGCCACCAUGUUCCGCCAUGGAACACUGGAAACCAGAAGCACUCCAGUUGUUAUCCCAGACGUGGAGGGCCCAGUGCUGCGCCAGCUCGUGACAUACAUGUACACCCUCUGUGCCCCCCAGCCACCUGGCAUGGCUGUCCAGCUGCUGAUCGCCGCUGACAGAUACAGUGUGCUGCCCCUGAAGGCAGCCUGCGAGCAGCAGGUGGUCGCACAGCUGUCCGUGGAGAAUGUGGUUUCCACAGCGGUGCUCGCAGUCAGGCACUCCCUUACCUGCCUCAAGCAGGCUGCCAUCGCCUUUAUAAGGGCUCACAUUUACGAGGUGCUGGGCACGAAGGGCUGGACAGAUGCGAUGCAUACUCAGCCUGAAGAUUUGGGUGAAGUGAUCCAGCUGCUGUCUGGUCCUACAGCAGAAACCAGCGUUGCGACAGCAGAUGAAGAGGAAGAAGAGGAAGAGGAGGAAGAAAAACUGCACAGAGAAAAUGGAGUGACAGUACCAACAGAGGAGAAUGAACUACUGGGCAUGGAGGAGAAGUCAUAA